CCGAAGGUAGCCUAUGGUAACUAGUAAGCUAGCGAACUUGUUACAAUUAGUGACGUUCAUACCUUUUUAAAUGUAUAGCUACAUACUUAGUGCGUGAAAUACUUAGUCGGUGUUUCCCAAGUACAGAAGCCACCUUCCGUUUCGAUUCUUUCGGUGUUUAUCGUAGAAGGAGAGCAGUUAGCCUUCAGCCAUUAGCCUGAGAGGCUAACAGGGUCCACAAUGGAGGGCAGUGCCAGCGUGAGGAAAUCGCUCUCCGGGACUCUCGUCCCUGCAGCGGUCACAACAGUUGCUCUCUUGAAACAACCCGAGGAGGUGGACAAGGAGAAGCUAAAUAGGAAGGUCCUCGAUGAAGAGGAGUACAUUGAGAGUUUAGAGAAGAUCAUCCAGAGGGACUUCUUCCCAGAUGUGACUAAAUUGCAAGCGCAGAAGGACUAUCUUGACGCAGAGGAAACUGGUGACUUAGAGAGAAUGAGAGAGAUAUCCAUCCGAUAUGGAUCAUCUUUGACAAAAUCAACACCACGGUCUUCUGCACCCUAUGUGACUCCAGCUAGUUUUGAGACACCAGUGGGCCACUCAGGCUCUCCGUCCUCCACUCAUGGCAGUAAAGGUUUAGAUGGUGAGAGCAAGGAUUAUGACAAAGAAGAGAAAGAGCUGCCCUGUCUGGAUCGUUUCCUUGCUAAAAAUACCAGUGAGGAUAAUGCAUCAUUUGAGCACAUAAUGGAUCUGGCAAAAGACAAGGAGAAGCUGAAGCAUUCCUGGUUAUAUGAAGCUGAGGCUGAAUUCAAGCAGCGACAUGAGGAGAACCUUGCCUUACCAUCAGUAGAGAAAGCAGCACUUGAAUGUGUCAAAGCUGGACUUGAGACAUGGGAGUACAAAGCGAAGAAUGCCUUGAUGUAUUAUCCAGAGGGUGUUAAAGAUGAUGAUGCAUUAUUUAAGAAGCCACGGGAGGUAGUGCACAAGAACACGCGCUUUACUAGAGACCCAUUCAGCAAAGCUCUCAACAAAAGCCAGAUUCAGCAGGCUGCGGCCCUCAAUGCACAGUUCAAACAGGGUAAAGUAGGUCCCGAUGGGAAAGAGCUCAUCCCACAUGAAUCCCCAACAGUGAAUGGAUAUGGUUUUGAAUCAAUGCCUUCUCCUGCACCUGGUGUAGCUGAGUCACCUUUGAUGACCUGGGGUGAGAUCGAGAGCACCCCAUUUCGUCUGGAUGGAUCUGACACCCCAUAUGUUGAGAGGAAUCAUGGCCCAUCAUUUAAGAUUCCAGAGCCGGGAAGACGAGAGAGGCUGGGUUUAAAGAUGGCUAAUGAAGCUGCCGCUAAAAACCGUGCAAAGAAACAGGAAGCAUUGCGAAAGGUCACAGAGAACCUCGCAAGUCUUACACCUAAAGGCCUGAGCCCAGCCCUCACCCCUGCACUGCAGAGACUUGUAAAUCGGACAUCUAGCAAAUACACGGACAAAGCGCUUCGAGCAAGUUACACCCCAUCGCCCUCACAUAGAGUCGCUGGCUGCAAGUCUCCCUUCGGCCCAUCCACCCCCUCAGGAACGCCGACACCAAACAAAGCCAAGACGCCGAGCUCUCAGGACCUUACGUCACUCACAGACAAUCUGCUGCAACUUCCCAAGAGACGGAAAGCCUCAGACUUUUUCUAAGUAAGAGAAGCUGUUCUCUGCUUGGAUUGUACAAAACAGACUUGUUAUAAUGAGAGAACUCGGUUAUAAACUCUCCAGAACACAGUUGUCUCACAUUUGAGAGCACAUCUUUCAGCUGGAUGACUGGAUAAAGAAAUGUUAAAAUCUUUAUGGAUUUAUUUGUUACAUUUUUUGCACAAAUGUUUCAGUGGAGAUCCCUGCGAAAUACAUUUUAGUUCCAAAUUCUAUUUAAUCACUCGUUUAUUGUACAUUUUUUAUAUUUUGUUUUAUCCCAAAUGCAAGGUUUUAUAGAUUUUUGUACAGACACAGGCCCAGCAGCACAUGCUUAAUUCAGUAGUUUAAACACAGCUCUCCAUAAAUGCUGCUAUGACAUUUCAGUGUUUGUCCCUGCUUCACAAAUGACAGGUUUCCCCAAUUUCCGUCUUUUGUGUUGGUGUUACAAAUGGAGAAAACAUACAGGUUAGCUCACUCAUACGCCAGUGUAAAUGAUGGAUGUUUCUUUUUGCCCUACAUCUUCUUCAUUUAAAGUUGAAAAAAAAACUUAAGCACCCACUAAUCUUUGUCUUAAACUCUAUAAUUAAAUUGGAAAUUUGUCGCUACAGAUUGUCUGCAAAAAAAUAUAAAACCAUGUAUCACCAGAUGACGUCUUUGUCAGUAGUUCUGUUCUACCUCCUGCUGGUUGUAGAACAGUAAUAUCUUUUACAACUUUUUUUUAAGCAAGCUUUAAAUGUACAGGCCUAGUCAUACUGCUCUGCAGAAAUAGCCAGAAAUACUCCAACAUGCCCUCUGUCUGUUUCUUGGAGCAUUAGAGGUUACAGGGUCCCCUAAGGCCAGAUUUAUUAUGAAAUUUGUUGUCCUUUUAUGUGUGUAAGCUGGCACAUACGCUUACAGCUUGAUUUACAAUUUCAUCUUUUCUGGGGAGUCAUAGUGAGUGUUUUCAUAACCAGGCGUGUUAUCCAGGAGUGGGUCCACUUACAUACAGUGACUGGUUAAUAUGGAUGUUUAUCAGGUUCUUGUAAGAAAAUGUUUGACUUGGGUCCUGUCACAAAAGUUGUUAAAAGAUAGGUGUGUAUUUUCUAACGUCCGACUUAAAACAAUUCACACGUGCCCAUAUAUGCAUAACUUUAGCUGUACUUCAGUGGUGAACAGAACAUUUACUCAAGUACUGUACUUAAGUACAAAUUCAGGGUACAUUUACUUAAUAUUUCUAUUUCAUUAUACUUUCAUUCCACUACAUCUCACAGGGAAAUAUUUUACUUUCUACUCCACAUUUCUAUGGCAGCUUUAGUAACUAGAUACAUUUCAGAUCACAAUUUUUCAUACCUAUCCUGUCCAGUGAAAACCAUGCAUCUCCCAAUUUGGUGCUAUGUCCGCUGUCCGUCCAUCCCAUUCUGAACGUGAUAUCGCAGGAAUGACUUGAGGGAAUUUCUUCAGAUGUCUCACAAACAUUCACUUGGACUCAAUAAUUUAUUAGUGUUUGUGGUCAAAGGUCACUGUGAUCACACAAACAUUUUUGACCAUAAGAAUUCAUAAGCUAAUUCUGACAAAAAAUUAACACAAAUGUCAUAUAGGAUAAAAUAAAGAAGUGAUGACAUUUUUUACCCAAAAGGCCAAAGGUCAACAUCACUGAGAAAUAAUGUUCUGCAAAAGCACUUUUCUUGCCAUUAUUCAACACCAUAACUCAGGAACAGAAGGGGAGAUUGUGACCAUGCUUCACACUUGGUCAGAUACUGAAUUGGUGACAAUCUUGGGUAUCCACCUUGAAUCUGUGGUGAUUGUAUAGAUCUUCUGUGCUGCUGGGUUGAAGAUGUGUGUGAAUCAUCCAUGUUUUACAAUUUGUAGCUUUGUUGCUGCAUCAUCCAUAUUUGAAGCAUUGUAGUCCAGCACAGGCUGAUUGGUUUUGCUGAGAUUGAGCUUCAGGUGAUUGUCGUUACUCUCUAUCAAUCCUCCGUACUCCUCGGUGAAAAAAUUGUCUCUAAGUGAAAACAGCAUGUCUCUCACUGUAAGUUAUUCACUUGAAUCAUACAUGUCAAUAUAGUGAUAAGGAUUGAAGAAGUGUUCCUUUACGAGUUGAGAAAAUUCUCCUUAAAAUAAUAUGAAGAUAUUUAAAAACCUCUUGGUUUAGCUGGAAAGUGCUUUGUCACAAAGAUGAAAACAGGCUGUUUUUCUGAGCUGAUUAAAAAAAAAGUUGACUUUA